AUGUUUCAGCUGUGUGGGGAGACACCAGCAGAUUUGAGUAAGGCCAGUGCCCUGAUCAACAGCUUGAUUAACCAGGAACAUAUAAACAUCACAAUCCAUGAUCCAGCUAUUGCUCAUUUCACCAAAGAGGAUUUAGAAAUGAUGAGCAAAAUGGAAAAGGAACUUAAAGUAAGUGUCAUAACUGGGAAGAAAGGCCAAGACUCUGUCAUCACGCUGAAAGGCCUGACAGGAUUUGUUCAAACUGCAGAGAGUCGUAUUCGGGACAUUAUCCGCAAAGUGGAAAGGAAUGAACACCGAAAAAUCCUUGCAGCUUUGACCAGCAGUAUAGUUGAGUGGCAAUAUAAGAGUGGUCACAACUUCAAAGCAUUUGAUAUUUUCACCAACUGUGACUUGGAAGAAGCCUUCAAACUUCAAACAACUUCUGUGCAAAUCAGGAUUGACAGUGAAAUGUAUAAUGCAGACAUAGUUCGCAAAAUCGCCACAAAGGGAAGAAAACGAACUGAACUAAAGAGAGUAGAACUGAAAGCUGCAGCUCAAAGUUUUUUGCCUUCAAACUGGGAGGAUAUGAAAGGACAGUCGGUUGUUCUUGUAAAACUCACAGCAGGCUCAAAGGAAUAUGCAGAUGUGGAAAAAGAGUUUAAAAAAACGGGACUAUCCAGCAAUAUCAUUAAAAUUGAAAGAGUCCAGAACAGUGCACUUUGGAGAUACUACAUUAUCAAAAAGGAGCAACUGGAAGAAAAAAACCAACACAAAAACAAUGAAAAGUGUCUCUUCCAUGGCACUGGCCCUGAUACAACAGAUCAGAUCAACAAUCACGGCUUCAAUCGCAGCUUUGCUGGCAUGCAUGGAGCUUUGUAUGGAAAUGGUACAUAUUUUGCUGUGGACCCGAGUUAUUCAGCCCAAGGCUACUCUAAACCUGAUGCCAAAGGACAUAAAUGCAUGUAUCUUGCCAGGGUGCUUGUUGGUGACUUCACUCAAGGAAGAAAAGGCCUUCUUACUCCUCCAAACAAGAGUUCAAAAGGUGUUCAUUUUUAUGACAGUGUGACUGAUAAAACUAAUAACCCAUCCAUGUUUGUUAUCUUCAGUGAUGUACAGGCUUACCCAGAAUACUUAAUCACAUUCCGGGAUAAAUGA